AUCAGUCUGUGAGGCAUAAUUUCAUUCCAAAAAGCUCUUAGAUGAAUGGUAGAUCUUAUAUAGGAAAGCACUGCUUUUCCCAUAGGAUUAUCAGAUUUCCACCGGAGAAUACAGAUCCUGGAUUAUUGAGCUACAUGGGAUUUGCGUGUUUCUUUCUAAUUAGUCUGUGAAUCUGAGUGUAAAAUUCUUUAUUUGGAAGGGGGGGAUGGGAGUUACGUGCUUCUAAAAGAACAGACAUAUCUCUUCUCUGACAUUUUACACAGUUUUUCUGGUUAUCCCAUGUCUGUGGAUACUUACUGCCUUAAUUGGAUAGUGGUGUCAAAGGUUGAUUAGAUUCCCUAAUAGAUUUUGGAUCUGCAAGAGGAUUGUAGUUUUAAAUGCGUGGUUAAAACAAUCGUGUUUGCCGUCUCCCCUCAAACAGUUGAGAGGAGGGCUGAUGUAUUACAUUUGCGUUAUCUUCCUUUGGUUUAUUAAUGUAUCAUUGUGAGGUUGUCGGGUUCGGUUUUGUUGUUGUUGUUUUUCCCCCUCUGCUAUUUCAUUUGCAGACUGAAAAGAAAUGAAUGUCAGAGAGGAUUUGUUUAAUCAUUUAACAGCUGACACAAGCCAUGUCCCUAACAAAACGUUGGUGAAAAAGUAGAAGAUUUCUGGGAUACAGCAGCGCCAGUACUGUGGAGCCGCUUCUGCAGGUCAGGAGCAGCAUUUGCUGGAGGAUGCCGUAGCCCAGGCGGUGAGGCUCGUGGGGACAAGGUCGAUGGCUUGCAUGGAGCUUCUCUACCUGGCUGAGGAGAGCAGACAGGUGCCCCUGGGCACCGCUACUGGCUGGAGCCUGCCCUCCCAUCCCUACGAGCAGCAGCACUGUGAGGGGGGUGAGGUGGACCCCAGAGCAGCCCUGCACUGUGAUCAGCCCUGCAAGCCCUUGCAGAGGGGCCCUGUGGCCGAUCCCCCCCUGGCACCCCAGCCCUCCUGCCUAGGCACCUCACCCCAGGCGCACCCUGCACCCUCCAGCACCUCCCAGCCCUGCCACCCAGCCAGGGAAGAGGAUGGAGGGAAGAAGAAAGCCUGCUGCUGUGCCCAGGAGCUCGAGACGUCGUUCACCUAUGUGGAUGAAAAUGUAAAUCUGGAGCAUGCAAGAAGUCCCCCCACUCCUACAGGUGGCCAGGAUGUCCCUCUGCAGCAGCAUUCCUGCAGAGAGCUGCCACCUGAAUGGGUGCACGAUUCUCCUUCCUUGGUCUCCGAGGAGGACGAUGCUGCCUCGGAGGCAGCAGCUGGGAAAUCCGUUGACUAUGGAUUCAUUAGUGCCAUUUUGUUCCUGGUUAGUGGCAUUUUGCUAGUGAUAAUUUCUUAUGUGGUCCCGAGAGAUGUGACUGUGGAUCCCAACACCGUGGCUGCUCGGGAGAUGGAGAGGCUGGAGAACGAGAGCGCAAGGAUCGGUGCCCACUUGGACCGCUGUGUUAUCGCUGGGCUGUGUCUCCUAACCCUGGGGGGCGUGGUGCUCUCCAGCCUGCUGAUGAUGUCCAUGUGGAAAGGGGAGCUCUACCGGAGGAGCAGGUUUGCAUCCUCCAAGGAGUCUGCAAAGCUGUAUGGAUCUUUCAAUUUUAGAAUGAAGUCUGGAGCAAAUGAUAAUAUGCUCGAGCUGUCGUUAGUUGAGGAAGAUGUGCUUGCCAUAGAUAAUUAGUGUGGUCAUGAUUUUUAAGGCAGCAUUUCUACAGGAAAAUAUGUUCCAUUAAAGAAAGCAGAUGCAGCUAAAGAUAGCUGGUGAUGCAGUUUAUUUGUCUCACAAGAAUGGUGUUAUCUUAAGCUCUAUAAUCAAAUGUUUGCAAUAUAUGAGUACUUGUUGUAAAGGGGAACUGUGCCAGAUGAAAUGCAAAUGAUAUAAAAUAAUGAAAACCACUGAAUAAAAAGAGAUUUGUGAUAA